UGCCCGUGCGCCCGCCGCAGCCUGCAUGCCCCGCGCUGCGCCUCGCCCGGCCCCAGCCGCCGCCCACUGCUCGCACCGCUGCUGCCGGGCGCCGGAGUAAUAUGCUCACUCGAGUGAAAUCUGCCGUGGCCAAUUUCAUGGGCGGCAUCAUGGCUGGCAGCUCAGGCUCCGAGCACGGCGGCGGCGGCUGCGGAGGCUCGGACCUGCCCCUGCGCUUCCCCUACGGGCGACCCGAGUUCCUGGGGCUGUCUCAGGACGAGGUGGAGUGCAGCGCCGACCACAUCGCCCGCCCUAUCCUCAUUCUCAAGGAGACCCGGCGGCUGCCCUGGGCCACUGGCUACGCAGAGGUUAUCAACGCCGGGAAGAGCACACACAAUGAAGACCAAGCCAGCUGUGAGGUGCUCACCGUGAAGAAGAAAGCAGGGGCCAUUACCUCAACCCCAAACAGGAACUCAGCUAAGAGACGGUCCUCACUUCCCAACGGGGAGGGGCUGCAGCUGAAGGAGAACUCGGAAUCAGAAGGCAUUUCCUGCCACUACUGGUCGCUGUUUGACGGUCACGCGGGGUCCGGGGCUGCUGUGGUGGCAUCCCGCCUGCUGCAGCACCACGUCACGGAGCAGCUGCAGGACAUCGUGGAGAUCCUGAAGAACUCGGCCGUGCUGCCGCCCACCUGCCUGGGCGAGGAGCCCGACCACACACCCGCGAACAGCCGGACUCUGACCCGCGCGGCCUCGCUCCGCGGAGGGGUGGGCGCCCCCGGCUCCCCCAGCACCCCGCCCACGCGCUUCUUCACCGAGAAGAAGAUCCCGCACGAGUGCCUCGUCAUCGGGGCUCUUGAAAGCGCAUUCAAGGAAAUGGAUCUACAAAUCGAACGAGAGAGGAGUUCAUACAGUAUAUCUGGUGGUUGCACAGCCCUCAUCGUGAUUUGCCUUUUGGGGAAGCUGUACGUAGCAAAUGCUGGGGACAGCAGGGCCAUAAUCAUCAGAAAUGGAGAGAUCAUCCCCAUGUCUUCGGAAUUCACCCCUGAGACUGAGCGCCAGCGACUUCAGUACCUGGCAUUCAUGCAGCCUCACUUGCUGGGAAAUGAGUUCACACAUUUGGAGUUUCCAAGGAGAGUACAGAGAAAGGAACUUGGGAAGAAGAUGCUCUACAGGGAUUUUAAUAUGACAGGCUGGGCAUACAAAACCAUUGAGGAUGAUGACUUGAAGUUUCCCCUUAUAUAUGGAGAAGGCAAGAAGGCCCGAGUAAUGGCGACUAUUGGAGUGACCAGGGGACUUGGGGACCAUGACCUGAAGGUGCAUGACUCCAACAUCUACAUAAAACCAUUCCUGUCUUCAGCUCCAGAGGUAAGAGUCUACGAUCUCUCCAGAUACGAGCAUGGAGCAGACGAUGUGCUGAUCUUGGCCACUGAUGGACUCUGGGAUGUUUUAUCAAAUGAAGAAGUGGCGGAAGCCAUCACUCAGUUUCUCCCUAAUUGUGAUCCAGAUGACCCUCACAGGUACACACUGGCGGCUCAGGACCUGGUGAUGCGUGCCCGUGGCAUCCUGAAGGACAGAGGAUGGCGGAUAUCCAAUGACCGACUGGGCUCAGGAGAUGACAUCUCUGUAUAUGUCAUUCCUUUAAUACAUGGAAACAAACUGUCAUGAAAACAGCCCAGGGUUUUAGAAGGACAGAAGGGAAGAAAGCUGGGAUGCCUCUGGGCAGGGCGGGGCUGGGAAGUGCCCCAGCAGAGUUCCAGACGAUGCCCCUCCUCCCUGCCCAGGUGGGAAGCUUGCUGCCGAAAGGCCUCUGGCUGAGCUCCAAGAGGACCCUCGGGUUUCAGUUUCCUCUUUAGUAACAGGUCUGGAUACUCAACAAGAGCAAAACAUAAAGGCUGCGACUGAGUGUUGUGCUUCUGUCGGUUCCUUUCAUAGGCCUCCUAGGUGGCCACUGCCCAUUUGGGAGCACAUCCAUCAUAUUUAUUUUAUCCAGAGUAGCUGGGGCAGCCCUUUGCGGGUGUCACUGGCAGAAGACUCUUCAGCCUGCCAAGCUGCCAACUUCCCUACGGGUUAAAAGUGCUGCAUUGGAGAGUUGGGGAUCAUGCCUCAGAAGAUG